AUGCCUUCCCACUCCAUCUCCUCUGACUCGAAGGCUGCCUUUGAGCACAUCGAUUCAGUCUCUUCAAACCAUGACAACGACAACGAUGUCGACAACGAAAUUCAAGCAUCUCGCGUGGAUAAUGAAAUUCUCGGAUACAUCGAAGAGAAGGCAGUCGAAAUUGACGAUGAAACCAAUCGUAUUCUCAGAAGAAAGAUUAACAUUCGCGUUCUUCCUGUUAUGGUGGUAACCUACUUCCUCCAAGCUUUGGAUAAGGGAACACUUUCCUUUGCUUCCAUUAUGGGCAUUCGGGAGGAUGCCAAUCUUGUUGGCCAACAAUAUUCUUGGUUAACCACUUGUACUUAUCUUGCGGUUCUUUUCUGGGAGUUUCCCACCAAUGUAAUUAUUCAAAAGGUGCCUGUUGCUAAAUAUUUGUCUUUCAACAUCAUUUGUUGGGGAAUUGUUUUGGGAUGUCACGCACUUGGAAAGAAUUUCACUGUUCUUGUGGUGGUAAGAACUCUUCUUGGUUUCUUUGAAUGUUGCUGUCAGCCUGUGUUUAUCAUGAUGUCGGCCAUGUGGUAUAAACGUGAGGAGCAGGCCUUCAUUGUUGCUCUCUGGUAUAUGAUGAACGGCGGACAACAGAUUGUCGGUGGUGUUCUUGCUUACUGUUUCACACUCAUCGACAAUGCAAAGUUGAGAAACUGGGAAAUUUUGUUUCUUGUUUACGGUGCUCUCACAGUGGUUUGGGGUGCUUUUGUCUUGUACUGGACCCCCGACUCACCUAUGAAAGCACACUGCUUCACAGAAGAGGAGAAACGCCUCAUGGUGGAGAGAGUCAGGGCCAACCAGACUGGUUUGCAGAACAAGAAAUGGAAGAAAGAGCAUCUCAUGGAAGCCCUCAAGGAUCCUCAGACUUAUUGCUACUUCUUCAUUCAGUUUCUCACUUCCUUGCCCACUUCUGGUUUGGGUGCAUUCGCCAACAUUAUCAUCAGUUCGUUUGGGUUUACAGUCUUACAGACUCAGUUGCUUGCCAUGGUUCUUGGUGCAUAUCUUAUUUUCCUUCUCUUGACAUCGGCAUACCUUGCCAACCGUUUCAAGCAGAACAUUCUCUUUAUGAUUUGUUUCGUGAUUCCUUCUAUUGUGGGAACUGUGGUCUUGAUGACUCUCACUUACGAUGGCCUUGACAAGCUGUCACAUGAGUAUAAGGUCAGAAGAGGAGUAUUGCUUUUCUGUUACUACUUGACUCUUUCGUUUUGGGGUGUGGCUAAUCUUGGACUUUCACUCUUGUCGAGAAAUGUUGCUGGUCAAUCCAAGAAAUCUUUUGUUACUGCUUCCAAUUUUGUCGGCUGGGCCGUCGGAAACUGUGUGGGUCCUCAAGUGUUCUUGAAGCAAGAGCACCCAAGAUAUCUUACUGCAUUCGGCACCCACAUGGGUUGCUAUGGUGCCUUGAUCUUGCUCUUGGUUUUCAUGCGUUUGUGGUUAAUGAAGGAGAACGCCAGGAAGGAUAAGUUAAUCGCUGAAGGCAAGAAGCAAGCAGAUAUGGACUUGAAGCAUGCCUUUGAGGACUUGACUGACCGCGAAAAUGUCAAUUUCCGUUACAUGUACUAG